AUGAUGAUGCGGAAAAGCGCUUUCACAGCUUCUGCUCCAGCUUUUCAGCUUCAACGAGAAAUCGGUAUUUAUUUCUAUGUGGAAAUCCUCAAGAUGGAAAUGCCAAGUGAUGCUGCGAUGUAUUGGUUUUAUUUCAAGAAGCUAGCAGCUCGAUCUCGUGGUGAAGAAUAUGAGCUAUUUUGGCCUAAACAACAAGAAUUUGUAAGAAUGGCAUCUAGGUUUGGUGCCAAAAUUGUACCUUUUGGGGCUGUAGAGAAGAUGAGAUAG